AUGGCACGUCUGACCAGCUUGAUUUUGGUGGUUGCUUGCGCUUUGCUUGGCAGCCACUUUUCAGCGUGGCUCUUUGCCAAUGCGCCAUCCCAAAGCCUUCGUAGUCAAGGUGCCACACGCAGAGCAGUGGACGAGCGCGAUGAGGGAUUGGUUCUCAUCAAGCCUGAGGAGUCUGGAAAGGUGGUGAAGAGGGACAAGUUCAACAACCCUCCUCGAAUUGCCGAGUCCUCAGACGGAUUCGCUGGGGAAUCAGUUCGGUCAUACGAUUCGAAACAUCAUGUGAAGCAGAGUGAAGCAACGAAGGAAGAGCAACUUUGUACCAAAGGAAGAGCAAGAAUUGCCACGGUUCUGAUCCCUCUGGUCAGGAUCCUAAAGGACCUUUUGCCAGGUUCUUCGCUGAGCCAGAGAUCCAGUGGCCGGCCGUACCUGUUUCAGGUCAUGAAGACCAACGACUGGGAUCAGCCAGAGAUCCAGCUCAGCACUGGCGCCAGCAACCAGGCAGGGGCUCAGUGA